CUAGCUUGUUCCCCUUCUACCCAAAUUUGCUCUAUACUAUCAUAUAUAGUCAUAUACCCCUUUUGGAUUCUUGCAUCCACUAUGUCUCCUACAGAUCUUGCAUCCCCUAUGUCUCCUACAGAUCUGACAAACGGAGUACCAAAGAGGGCAUACGUGACCUUCUUGGCGGGCAACGGUGACUAUGUGAAAGGUGUGGUUGGUCUGGCCAAGGGACUCAGGAAGGCCAAAUCUGCCUACCCUCUUAUUGUGGCUGUGUUGCCGGAUGUUCCUGAAGAGCACCUUCAGAUUCUGGAGUCUCAGGGAUGCAUUGUGCGCCCGAUUGAGCCAGUCUACCCUCCUGAGAGCCAGACCCAGUUUUCCAUGGCUUACUAUGUCAUCAACUACUCAAAGCUUCGUAUUUGGGAGUUUGUGGAGUAUGAGAAGCUGAUAUACCUAGAUGGAGAUAUACAAGUGUUUGAUAACAUUGAUCACCUGUUUGACAUGCCCAACGGCUACUUUUAUGCCGUGAUGGAUUGCUUUUGUGAGAACACAUGGAGUCACUCUCCUCAGUUUAAGAUUGGAUACUGCCAGCAGUGCCCUGAAAAGGUGCAGUGGCCAGCAGACAUGGGCUCGCCGCCACCGCGUUACUUCAACGCCGGCAUGUUUGUCUAUGAACCUGGUCUUGAAACUUACCAUGAUCUGUUAGAGACCGUCAAAGUCACCCCUCCUUCCUCAUUUGCUGAGCAGGACUUCUUGAACAUGUAUUUCAAGGACAUAUACCAGCCUAUCCCACCGGUGUACAACCUUGUCUUGGCAAUGCUGUGGCGCCACCCUGAAAAUGUCGACCUUGACAGGGUGAAGGUUGUUCAUUAUUGUGCUGCGGGUUCAAAGCCGUGGAGGUACACUGGCAAGGAAGAGCAUAUGGAGAGGGAAGACAUAAAGAUGCUGGUGAAGAAAUGGUGGGAGAUAUAUGAAGACCCUUCAUUGGAUUAUAACUACAAUGACGAUGUUAUUGUGAAGGCUGAGAAUGAGCCUACUGUAAAGCUUGGACCUUUCAUUGCUGCAUUGGCAGAUGCUGGUGUUGAUCAGCAGAGAAGUGCACCGUCUGCUGCUUGAAACUACUGUUGCUCAUCAUACAUAUAGUAACCUUUUGGCUGCGAGCUCUAUAGCCAUAAAUAUACUCAUAUAAGAGUUACUAUAUAUAUAUAUAACUAUAUAUGACCUGCAAUAGGCCCUUAUGAUCAUAUGUACAACAAAUUACAUAUAUAGUU